AUGGCUUCUUUUGCCCCUCGCUCCCCGCUGGCCGUCCUGCUCAUCGGCAACGGUGGCAGAGAGCACGCCCUGGCCUGGAAGCUCGCACAGUCCGACCGUGUCGACAGGAUCAUUGUGGUCCCCGGCAACGGCGGCACUGCCUCCAUCCCCAAGGUGACCAACAACACCUCCGUCUCCGCCGAGGACUUCCCGGGCCUCGUCGGCCUCGCCCAGCGCGAGCAGAUCAACCUCGUCGUCCCGGGCCCAGAGGCGCCCCUCGUCGCCGGCAUCGAGAGCCACUUCCGCAAUGUCGGCAUCCCCUGCUUCGGCCCCUCGAUGGCCGCCGCGACCCUCGAGGGCAGCAAGACGUUCAGCAAGGACUUCAUGAAGAGGCACAACAUCCCCACCGCCGCCUACGAGAACUUCUCCGACUACCACAAGGCCAGCGAGUACAUCAACAGCAUUAGCCACGACGUCGUGAUCAAGGCCACGGGCCUGGCCGCCGGCAAGGGCGUCAUCAUCCCCCAGACCAAGGAAGAGGCGCAGGCCGCGCUGAAGGAGAUCAUGCUGGACAAGGCCUUUGGCGACGCGGGAGACGAGGUUGUCAUUGAGGAGUUCCUGACCGGAGACGAGCUGAGCAUCUUGUCCUUCUGCGACGGCUACACAAUCAAGUCACUGCCUCCGGCCCAAGACCACAAGAGGAUCUUCGAUGGCGACCAGGGCCCCAACACGGGCGGCAUGGGCUGCUAUGCGCCUACCAACAUCGCUACGCCCGAGCUCAUCGCGAGGGUCGAGCGCGAGAUUCUCGAGCCCACCAUCGCGGGUAUGCGCGCUGAGUGGUCGCCCUUCAGGGGCAUGCUCUUCACUGGUCUCAUGAUCACACCCAACGGACCCAAGGUCCUCGAGUACAACGUCCGAUUCGGCGACCCGGAGACGCAGACCGUCCUUCCUCUCCUGUCCGCGGACACGGAUCUGGCCGAGAUCAUGCUGGCUUGUGCCACUGGGUGCCUGGACAAGGUCAAGAUCACCGUCGAGCCCAAGUUCAGCGCCACCGUCGUCGUCGCCGCGGGAGGCUACCCUGGUAGCUACGCCAAGGGCACUCCCAUGAACGUCGGCACGCCCGCAGCUGGCUCCGGCAUCACCAUCUUCCACGCCGGUACCAAGCUGGCAGGCGAGCAGCUUCAGACCGCCGGCGGCCGGGUCAUCGCCGCCAACGCGACGGCAGACUCUCUCCAGGCCGCCGUCGAGAAGGCUUACAAGGAGGGCAUCACGCUCAUCAACUUUGAGAACAUGUUCUACCGCAAAGACAUUGCCCACCGCGCCUUCCGCGCCGCUGCCCCCGCGGCCGCCGAGUCGCUCUCCUACGCCCAGGCCGGCGUCAGCAUUGACGCCGGCAACGAGCUUGUCGACAGGAUCAAGAAGGCCGUCAAGGAGACCCGCCGGCCCGGUGCCGAUGCCGAGAUCGGCGGCUUCGGCGGCGAGGUCGACCUGUCGCAGGCGGGCUACCCCAACGCGCCCAUCCUGGUCGGUGCCAUCGACGGUGUUGGCACCAAGCUCAAGAUUGCGCAGGAGAUGGACAAGCACGACACGGUGGGCAUCGACCUCGUGGCCAUGAACGUCAACGACCUGAUUGUGCAGGGAGCCGAGCCCGUCAUGUUCCUCGACUACUACGGCUGCAGCAAGCUGAACGUGGGCAAGGCCGCCUCGUUUGUCGGAGGCGUCGCCACGGGCUGCAAGCAGUCGACGUGCGCCCUGGUCGGCGGCGAGACGGCCGAGAUGCCGGGCAUGUACUCGGGCGACGAGUAUGACGUGGCCGGCGCCGCGAUCGGCGUGAUGAAGCCGGAGCUGCGGCUGCCCAAGAAGGACGCCAUGGCCGAGGGCGACGCGCUGCUGGGCAUCGCCUCCAACGGCGUGCACUCCAACGGCUUCUCGCUCGUGCGCCGCAUCGUCGACAAGGCGGGGCUCUCGUACGCCGACGCCUGCCCCUGGGCUGACGGCAACGACGGGACGACGACGGUGGGCGCCAGCCUGCUGACGCCGACGCGCAUCUACGUGGAGCCGCUGAAGCGCGUGGUCCCGCGGCUCAAGGGCCUGGCGCACAUCACGGGCGGCGGCCUGACGGAGAACGUGCCGCGCAUGCUCCCUCCCCACCUGGCGGCCGAGAUCGACGUGGGCGCCUGGCCGGUGCCGCCCGUGUUCGGCUGGCUGCGGAGGGCGGGCAACGUGGCCCCCGCCGAGAUGGCGCGGACGUUCAACAACGGCGUCGGCAUGGUGGCGGCCGUCGCGGCCGGCGAGGAGGAGCGCCGCGUCGUGGCGGAGCUCGAGGCCGCGGGCGAGAGGGUGUUUCGGAUCGGCAGGCUGGUCGCGCGGGCUCCCGGGGGGGAGGGGUGCGUGCUGAGGAAUCUGGAGGCGUGGGCUUGA